AUGAAUUAAAUAAAAUAUUGUCAUCUCUACCUACCUACCUACAUACCUACUUAAAAACACAGUUUAUAUGCGAUAUUAAAAUUACAGGUUUAGCAAGGAAUACUUAUAACUAAUUAAAUUUUCAUAAAUUAAGAUUCAAUAUUUUAUUUAGCUGUGAAAAAAAAAAAAAUGAUAUAUUAGAAAAAAUAUUUUUACGAUUUAAAAAAAUUUUUAAAUUCUUCACUUUAAUAGCACUAAGAUCUUCAUUGUCGCUUUGAUAAUCAUAACUGUUACAUUGAUGAUGAACGUGCAUAGGAAUUAGGUUCUGCUUUAGCAAAAUGUACUAAUCUCUAAAAUUUUUCACUUAUUCUUAAUAACAGUAAAUUUGGUGUUAAAGGUGCAUCAAGUUUAGCUUCUGGUAUAGCUAGUUUCACUAAUCUCUCAAAUUUAACAUUUAAUCUUAGUUGCUAUAAAUCUUUUUCAAUUAUUGCAUCAGACUUAUGUUCUGCUUUAGCAAAAUGUACUAAUCUCUAAAAUUUGUCACUUAUUCUUAAUAUGAAUUAAAUUGAUGCAAUUGGAGCAUCAGACUUAGGUUUUGCUUUAGCAAAUUGCACCAAUCUCUCAAAUUUGAAACUUAUUAUUGGUUAUAAUUCAAUUGGCAAUGAAGGUGUAUUAGGCUUAGGUUCUGCUUUAGUAAAGUUGACCAAUCUCUCAAAUUUAAUGCUUAAUCUUUCUGAAAAUAAAAUUGGCUAUCAAGGUUUAUCAGGCUUAGGUUCAGAUUUAGCAAAGUGCACUAAUCUUUCAAAUUUGACAAUUUUUCUUUUUCGAAGUUAAAUUGGUGAUGAAAGUAUAUCAAGCUUAAUUUCCGGUUUAGAAAAGUGCACUAAUCUAUCAAAUUUGACGCUUGAUCUUAGAUUAAAUUAAGUUAGUGAUGAAGGUUUUUCAGGCUUAGGUUUUGCUUUAGCAAACUGCACUACUCUCUCAAAUUUAACUAUUGAUCUUAGUUACAACUAAAUUUAUGCAACAGGACUAGGGUUUUCUUUAGCAAAUUACAAUAAUCUCUCAAAUUUAGAACUUAACCUUAGUAAUAAUAAAAUUUGUGAUGUAGGUGCUUAAGGUUUAGGUAGUACUUUUACAAAUUGCAAUAAUCUCUCAAAUUUGACCCUUUAUCUUAACGAAAAUUAAAUUGGUGAUGAAGGUGUAUCAAGCCUAGGUUCUGCUUUAGGAAAGUGCACUAAUCUCUAAAAAUUGAGUCUUGAUCUUAGUAGGAAUAAAAUUCGUGAUUAAGGCCCAUCAGGCAUAGGUUCUGCUUUAGCAAACUGCACUAUUCUUUCAAAUUUGAAACUUAAUCUUCAGCAUAAUGAAUUAAUAACCGAUAAAGGUAUAUCAGGCUUAUGUUCUAAUUUAGAAAACUACACUAAUCUCUCAAAUUUGAUACUCGAUCUUAGCGAAAAUUGUAUUGGUUCUGAAAAUGCAUCAGACUUAGUUUCUGCUUUGGCAAAAUACACUACUCUCUCAAGUUUGACGCUUUUUCUAAGAGAAAAUGAAAUUAGUGAUGAAUGCGCAUCAAACUUAGGUUCUGCUUUCGUAAAUUGCACUAAUCUAUCAAAUUUUAAGCUUGACCUCAGGGAAAAUUAAAUUGGUGAUAAAUACACUUUAGGUUUAGGUUCUGCUUUAGAAAAUUGUACUAAUCUCUCAUAUUUGGCACUUAAUCUUUAGGCCAAUAAAAUCGGUGCCAUUGGUGCAUCAGGCUUAGGCUCUGCUUUAGUAAAAUGCACUAAUCUCUCUAAUUUGUCACUUAAUCUUAAUUGCAAUUAAAUUGGUGCAGUUGGUGCAUCAGGAUUAGGUUCUGCUUUAGCAAAUUGCACUAAUCUCUUAAAUUUGGAGUUUGAGCUUUAUGGAAAUAAAAUUGGUGAUGAAAGUGUUUCAGACUUAGGCUUUGCUUUAGCAAAGUGUACUAAUCUCUCAAGUUUGAUAUUUGAUCUAGGCGAAAAUUAAAUUGGUGCAAUGGGUGCAUCAGGCUUAGGUUCUGCUUUAGCAACAUACACUAAACUCUUAAAUUUGAGACUUGAUCUUAACGAAAACAAUAUCGAUUCUAAAUAAUAAAAGAAAGUAGUUCACCAUUGCCGUAAAUCAAAAAGAUUAGUUGUCUUUGAUAUAAUUUACUAUAAUUGA